CAAACAAUUCAUUGGAUUCAUGACGUCAUCCCUAAUCAGUUGGUCCUUCAAAAAUUUGAACGGAGUAAAACAUGGAGCUACCUGACAUCGGUUCAUUUCUCGAAAGAUGUCGUUUUGAAAGCUUAUAAGUUGGGAAAGGCCUUACAACGAAAAAAUAAUGAUGAAUUAAGAAAAAUACACGAAGAAAAAUGGUUGAAACUCUGGAAGAAAGGAAGAAUUGAAAUGAAAGGAGUGAGUGACAACGCCACACGUCUGACGAAAGCCAUAACUUCCAGUCUAUACAACCUGCUGUCGUCUCUGCCGGAUUUUUCAAAUGAGAAUAAUUUAUUUGAAAGUCAGUGGAAACAGAAGGACCUUAUGGAAUCCUACUUAUUUACCGGAUUGAGUCCAAGUGGUCUUAGUUGGGGAGAUAGAAAAGAUCACAAAAACAUGCAGGCUUACAGGGGACAUCUAUUUUGGGAUCAGGAAACAUGGAUGUACCCACCUUUGUUAAUGUUGCACCAGUCGUCUGCUCAGCUGAUGCUACAGGCAAGAUUGAGGACCAUGUAUACAGCUGGAGAAAACGCGAAAAUUGAAGGAUUUGUUGGAAUGAAGUAUCCGUGGGAGAGUGCACUGACAGGGAUCGAAGUAUCUCCGGAUAGGGAGUGUGGGAUUCGUGAAAUUCACAUCAACGGAGACAUCUCACUGGCAGUCCUGCAGUAUUUGAGAGUCACUGACCACAACCUCACUUGCCAGGGCAAUGUUCCAAAACUGAUAAUCGGUAUUGCGGAUUACUGGCUGAGUAGAUCCGUCUGGAAUAAUUCAUGUUUGAGAUUCGAAAUAUCAUGCGUUAUGCCCCCAGACGAAUAUUCCAGAUGCGUCAACAACAGCGCAUAUACAAACGUCGUAGCGAGAAUUAGUUUGAAACUGGCUUUCGAGGUAGCUGAAUGUCUCAAAUUGCCAAAUUCAACCGUUUACGAGAACACCUUCAAGAGAAUGUAUGUACCUUUUGAUGGGGAGCUGAACUACCAUCCGGAAUAUGACGGAUACGUAUUAGGGAAAAUCGUCAAACAGGCUGAUGUUGUCCUCUUAGGAUUUCCUUUGAUGUACAACAUGCUGCCUGAUGUUAGGAGGAGAGAUUUAGAAAUCUACGAAAACGUGACAUCGGUGAAGGGCCCGGCCAUGAGUGACGCCAUGUUUACAGUUGGCUGGUUGGAAGUUCACGAACCAGAUAGGGCAAGAAGAAGUUUUGAAAAAAUGUUCGAUCACGUGACUGGAGAUUUUCAAGUGUGGACGGAAGUAAAGGGAGGACACGGCGCUCCGAAUUUUAUAACGGGUAUGGGCGGGUACCUGCAAUCCAUUAUAUUUGGGUAUUUCGGUAUUCGAAUAUACCGCGAUAAGUUGCUAAUAAAUCCGGAACUACCGACCGACAUUAGCUCGAUGGCUCUAUAUGGUCUCGACUACAAAAACUGUAGUCUCGAUAUUUUCGUCGGUGAUAGAAAUGAAAUGGUUAUAAAGUGGAGUGGAGAUGUUGGAUGUUCACGACUUCUCAUCGUAAGUCCUACGGAGAGAUUAAGGUUGAGUGGAAGUAGGAAGAUGACAAUUAGUAAAAGUAGUCUCUACAUCCGGGUGAUUCAUGAAAGAGGAACAAAUGACGCUUGUUUUCCGUAA